UAUUUGCACCAUUUGUUUUAUUCGCGCGUAAUUCGUGACUCCAUUUUGAAUCUCCUUGUGGGAGUAAGCACUUUUUUUCUGUAAUCGAAGUUGUUGAAAGUGGACCGCCUUUGAAAAAUGCUUUCAAAAUAUGCCAGAAGACUGUACACUUUUAAGACAGACAUCAUUAAGUGCGGUGUACACAAACGUUCGACAAUUUCAGACACGACAUCGAAAGAGGCGGUUGGAAAGUGUACACAAGUACAUAUACAGGGAUGGGUACGCGCACUUCGAAAGAUGAAGGAUAACAUCUUUGUUGACAUUUCUGAUGGAUCAACGUGUGAAAUGUUACAAGUUGUUAUUCCAAAGUCUGUCAAACUCGACAAUUUGAGUUAUGGAAGUAGUAUCAGCGCAGAAGGAAAAUUAGUCUUAGCUUCCAAUGGUAAAACCGAGUUACAUGCGACUGAUGUUCAUGUAAUUGGCACAUGCAAAGUUCUAGAAGAUAAAUAUCCUUUCGCGCCGAGAAAGAAAUACGAUCAAGAUUAUAUCAGACAGUAUUUACAUUUGAGACCAAGAACAAGAAACUUUUCUAGUUUAUUGAGACUGCGUGAUCUUGCUAGUAUGGUAAUUAAAGAUCACUUAAGUAAUAGGGGAUUUAUAAGUAUACACACACCAAUUUUAACAUCAAACGAUUGUGAAGGUGGGGGUGAAGCGUUUUUCGUCAAACCACACUCCAAAGAGAUUCUUGAAAGUAUGAAAAAGGAAGGUCAGAACGAAGAUGAGAUUUAUUUUGAUACAACUGCUUUCCUCACUGUGUCUGGACAGUUGCAUCUAGAAGCAGUAGCAAGAGCUCUUACAAGAGUGUAUACUUUCGGACCUACAUUUAGGGCAGAUAAUUCUAAAUCGAGAUUGCAUUUAUCAGAAUUCUAUAUGUUAGAGGCGGAAAUAGCUUUCAUCGCGGAUAUCCAAGAUUUGAUAGAGGAAAUUGAACUUUUAGUAAAAGAAGUUACUAAGCGAAUAAUUGAAAAGGGAACCUCAGAUUGGAACGCAAUUGGUGCCUCUGAACCACAAUGGUUGAGUAAACGAUUUGGAUGUAUAACAUAUGAAGAAGGAUUUAACAUAUUAAACACUCACUCGAGUCAAUUGCAAUGUCCCAUUAAAUAUGGAGAGGCUUUCUCAAAAGAACAUGAAUUAUUUUUAGUAAAGUAUAAUGAUGGAGUACCAAUUUUUGUUAUAAACUGGCCGAAAGAGAUUAAAGCAUUUUACACGAAAGAAUAUACAGAUGAUUCAACUAAGGUAGCAGCGCUGGACCUGCUAGCGCCAGUUGUGGGAGAAUUGAUAGGCGGCAGUAUACGUGAGGAUGAUUAUGGAAAAUUAAAAGCAAAGCUACCUGCCACGGGAAAUCUCUCGUGGUAUUUAGAAUUACGUAAAUAUGGGAAUGUACCGACAGGUGGCUUUGGAAUGGGCUUUGAGAGAUUAUUGCAAUGUGUCCUGGGGAUUAGCAACAUCAAGGAUACUGUGCCUUUCCCCAGGUGGCCACACAAUUGCAGUUUAUGAAUAAAGAUUUCAGGAUUGUUGUUAUUUAUUUCAUCCCUAACAAAAAUACUAUAUAUGGCUGUAUGCUAAUAUAACAAAUUAAAUGAUAAUUUUUUAAAUGGAGAAACAAUGUCGGGUAUAAAGAUUAUUUUAUAGAUUAAAAAUGCAAUUUUUGAAAAACAAUUGCUUGAUUAAUGAAAGUAUUUGAGGGAUGAGAAAAAGGGUAAAAUUGAAAUAAAUACAGUAUUGAAUUUUGAACAACAAAAGAUGAACUUUUUAGCAAUGUCUUUAUUGUUGUCGAAAUGUCCUUAUGAAUUCAAAUAUCCUAAAUAGUUUCGAAGUUAUAAUUGUCUUAAAGGAUAUCGUAGAAAGGUUGAUUAAAAAGGAAGUCAAACCUGUAAUAAACAAAUCUUGUUUUAUACAACAAAAUAAUGCUCAUCUAAUCUUAUCUGAUACCGACGUCAUUGUUUUUCCGCUGAUUAUUUAUAUAUGUAUAAUACAAGUAGACAACUCACACAUAUAUCACAUAAUUUUUACAUCUUGAAAUGAAUCUCCUUGCUCCAAACGAACUCACUGGACACGUUUGUUUCCAAGAGUUGUCGCCGUUGUAUAGAAGUAUAAAUACUUAAAGUUCUCAAUUAGUAUAAAUGAUCAUCAUCAAAUUUACAUAAGCACAAGUAACACUUGAAAUCGUCACUGAAUGUAAAUCAUUAAAUUCACAAAGAUUUGCGAUCAAAUCAAUUUCACUCGAUCAUACACUUACUCUCGCGGGGAAUGCUAAUAUAUCGUACUUAGCUAAUUUACACGAAAUAUGUACAGCUCCAUCUUUUUUUUGCGUGUCGAGACGCUAAUAAUUAAGAUACAUUCAUUCUCACACACGCAUU